CAUCCGUAGAGUUAAAACGCCUCAAAACCAGGUGGUGUGUUCUUAUCAGACCUCAACGACCUCAGCCGGAUUCUUUCUAGUCGCACCAGCCUCCGUCUCUGCUAUUGACCCCUGACACUAGAUUCACGCGCUACUUCCGCGGCGGCUCUGCUGAAUUAUUAGGCUCGCUGACUCGGAAUGGCAUUGCUGGCGUCCGAUUGCUCGCUGAUGAGUGCUCGCGGAUUCACAGCCGGAGGUCGACCCCAGACACAUUUCCUCCACCGAAGCUCUCCGCUAGCCAGCAGAACCUCCCUAUCCACCUCACCCGCAGCGCCAGUCUCAGACCGUGGAGGCCGUGCGACCACCCGGGCUUCCCGGAGGACCAGGCCAGCGGGACAGAUUCUUUGCCGCUCCCACGGCUUCGAAUCGGCGUCGUCGUCUCGCACGGACGCGACGGAGAGUGAGCGAGGGAACCAUUGCAACGGACGGCUGGAGGCUCUCCAGGAAUCUUUGACGACUGGCCAGAGAGCUGUUUCCAAGGCGACUGCCGCGCUGCUAGCAGCCCUCAUCACCCUCACGCCGACAGCAGCAGCUUGUUUCGCACCAUGGUCAGCCGAAGCAGCUGCCACGAAGUUUCCGUGCGAGGACGUGGAGCAGUACUAUGCAGGCACGCAGGGGCUCAAGGGGGAGGCUCUUAAGGCGAAGCUGCACGAUAUUAUAAAGGGUCAUAAAGUGUACACCUACACUGAGGCAUGGGAUGCUCUCAAGAUUCUCGAUGCUGCGGACCAGUCAGAUCCUGCCAAGUCCCGUGACGUUGUGGAGAUCUACACGCGCAGAGCAGUGCCCAAGGACACACAAGCCACGCCGGAAGGCUGGAACAGGGAGCAUCUGUGGCCUCGCUCCCUAUGGUCUCACUCAGGGCCGACCCGAGUUCUCCGACCUCCACAAUCUGAGACCUGCCGACGUCAUGUGAACUCUGCCCGAGGCAACAAGUGGUUUGGCGAGUGCUCAUCCACGGAUGACAGCUGUCUCGUGCCCGCCAAUAGGGAGGCAGCAGCAGAUACGGCCACCCAAUAAGGACGUCUGGACUCCCCCCUCUGAGAUGCGGGGCGACAUAGCGCGUGCGCUGCUCUACAUGGCUGUCAGAUACGACGGCUCUGUGCCUGGCGAAUUGGACCUCGAGCUCUCUGACAACCCCAAAAUCGCUGAGGGCCAAAUGGGUCUGCUGUCCCCUCUCCUCAAGUGGCACUCUGUCGACCCGCCGUCCUCCCUGGAGGCCACGCGCAACAACCGGGUGUGUUCGCUCUACCAGCACAACCGCAAUCCCUUCGUCGACCACCCUGAGUUCGUCCCCCUCAUCUGGGCGCCGUGCCAGCCUCGGUACCAGCUGUAGGCUCGGGAGCAGCCUUGGGUGCAGGCUCGGGGACCGGCUUCAGCCUGCCAGGAGCAGCGCCGCCAGUGGCAGCGCCAGUGGGGGGAGGCUCGGGAGCGGCAGCAGGCGGGGCAGGGGGGGUUGCUGCACCGCGUGUGCCUGGGGGGCAGGCCAAGGCGUGGUUCAAUGAGAUCCACUACAGCAACGAAGGGCCCGACAAGAACGAGUUUAUCGAGGUGGUUGUGAGUCCAGGGGUGGACCCCUCAACCCUCUCCAUCUACCUCUAUAACGGGGCCAAUGGGAAGACCUAUGGCAAGCUUCCUCUCAGCAAGUUCAGCCUCCCCUCCGACCAACAUCAAUGGCUUUGUGGGUGUAUGGCAACAUGUACGCUCAAGGCGGCUUGCAGAACGGACCGUCCGACGGCAUGGCACUUGUAUCGCAGCCGACGAAUGGCGCUGCCACGGUGAUCCAGUUCUUAUCAUAUGACGGCGAGCUGGUUGCUGUGGACGGGCCCCGGCGAAGGGGUUCAAGUCAACGGAUAUUGGAGUGAAGGAGACAGACAAUUCCCCGCAGAGAGUGCUCUUGGGCUUACUGGAGUGGGGAAGAAGUAUGAAGACUUCAAGUGGUCCAAGUUCAACAAGAAUGCUACUCCUGGGCGGAUCAAUGUUAGCCAAACCAUUGGCCAACUAUUGAAUGGGUUGAUUGCAGCCCACAUAUUUAUUGAUGCAACACAAUUUUUGACUGCCGGAGUGGUGCAGGGUAUAUGUCCGAGGCUAUUGAAGUGUUAAUAGAAUUGGUGGAUAUGUGUGGAGUAUGUUACGUGGUGCACAGAAUAACAUUUGUUUGCCACAAGAUUGAAUGGAAGUAUCACUGUGUA